UGCUGAUUUCUACGCCUUGGACGCGCGGGAGAUGAAUGCUUGGUGGCUUCCGCACUUGGGCGAGUGGAUUCGAUUCGACCCGGGCCGAAAGAUCGAGCACGGCUGCUAGCUACAAGUUACUGUCAAAGGCCCGAAACUUUGCUGGUAUCCCGUCAAAGACAAAGUCAAGAUGUUUGCUGUACGGGCUUUGCCAGUCAGCACUGUUGUGGUACAACGACCUCAAAGACUCGCUUAACGUCCUGGGCUUCGCACCGAUCGAAGCAGACCAGUGCGUCUUCGUCCAUCCAGACGAUGACCAUAUUAUUAUCGUCUACGUCGACCAUCUCCUACUCAUCACUAAGGACAAGACGAGCAUGACCGGGUUGAAGAGAAACUCCUUCACUACUACAAGUGUCACCAUCUUGGACCUGUGGGUUUCUAUCUAG